ACACAGUGACACACACACACGGACUGAGCUCAGUCAAGGGUCGAUCUUGGCCCUGUGAAGACGCACGAGUGAGUGAGUGAGUGAGCCAGCCAAAAUUCCGAGUGACAUCCAGCCAUCGAGGAGACUUCUUGUUUCUCUGUGCACGUCAUGGGGAUUGAAGGGUUAUCCCUGAUCACUCGAGGAACCUGGGAUUGAUGCAGUCGGGAGCUGCCUUCGUAAAACACAAAAGGAAUAAACAAAUGAGGAAAGAGAACAUCUUGAGGGACCUAAGCACCAAAGAAAGAAAUCUAUCCUUUCGUCCUCCUGAACACCAGGGAAGAGAAGGAAUUCCAGAGCUUCAAGGUGAAAUGAUCGAAUAGUCGAUACAUCUUGAUAUCUGGAACUAGUAUUCCAAUCUGGUACAAAGCAUUCCUAGUCUUCGCUCUUCACAAAAAGUAAUAUUUCUAUGAACAAGACACCUGUAAAAAUCAGUCUAAUCAGUUGUUUCACUGUUUGUUUUUUAUGCAAUAGUAUCUGAAAAUAUAAGUGUUGUGUUGUUUCUCGUGCAAUACAUUCUCAGAAUAUAAAAAUGUUGAGUCUUAUACAAUAUAUUCUGAGAACAUAAAUGAGUGUUAUUUCUCAUUUAAUUCAUUCUGAGAACAUAAAUGAGUGUUGUUUUUCAUGCGAUUCAUUCUGAAAACAUAUAGAAUGCUGUUUCUUCUGCAAUAUGUUCCUAGAACACAAUAGAUCGCUCUGUCUCGUGCAACACAUUAUGCAAACAUAAACGAGUGUUGUUUUUUGUGCAAUACACUUUGUAAACACAAACGGUGUUGUUUCACGUGCAUAUCAUUCUGCUGUUGCUUGUGCAAUACAUUCUGUGAACAAAGUGUUGUUCAUCAUGCAAUACAUUCUGAGAACAUAGAGUGUUGUUUCUCGUGCAAUAGAUGCCGUGAACAUAAGCAGUGUUGUUGUGUAUUUAUACUAAACAUAAGAGUGUUGUUUCGUGGGCGAUACAUUCUGGGAAAAAAUGGCUACGUAAUAUUAACGAUUAUUAGUCAUUAACCCACAAUUCACUACAAAUAAAUCCAGCAAUGAAAGAUUACGGUGAACAACCCGGAGGAUUACCUCAAGAGCAGCGUAAGAACAACGUCAGAACAAACAAAUAAAAGGGAGCAAACGAACCACAACAACAAAAAUCACGGGGAGACAACAAUAAACACGGAGAUGACAAGAAUGCAGACGAGGUGGGCUGACCUACAAAAAAUGACUCCACGUUACUACUACUAAUGCUGGUGAGUCGAUCAGCUGAUGCGGGAAGACGCAGGAACCGUUACCAUGGCAACGUGUACGCCACUACUACUGUUAAUGGUGGGGACUUGGACAGUCCUCACUUUGGGCAGAAUAACAGCAGCAUUCGAGGAAUUCGCUCAAGAUUGUCGCAUAUACGAACUGAAAGGACACACUAAGUACUUCAAGUCGCCACUCAUCUCCGUCCACAGCCUCCUGACGGUGUCCUUCUACAACAGGGAAGAGGGGCACUACCCCAAGGACAUCCAUGUAAUCCUACGGGAGGAUACUCAAAACGGCACCAACAUGAACAAGAUCCACAUCAACCCAGACGGAGUUCUGUUUCUGGACCGCGCCAAGCUCAACAACCUGACUUUGAGCCCCAGCUGUCAAUCGGGAAGUUGGCUCUCUCUGGCCAUUAUGCUCCAGGACCAGAACAUCGUCAUAUACGAGACCAACAACAGAUGGAACUUCAUCACCGCAGGCACCAUUCUCGGUCCCAACGCUUCAGCCGAAGUCACGACGUCACAGGAUUCUCUCUACAUCAGCACCAACUGCCCCGCAGGCUGCCUGAUGCACAACCACCAAUCCCCUUGGAUUGGGCAGCCGAUGCCCCUGGGGAGGUCAGUCAACAUAUACCUCAGCCACGAGGAAGGGGCAGCGUCAGCCAGCCUUCUCCUAGGGUUCACCGACUACCAGGGCAAGAAUCAUACGGUCAAUCAUGACAUCACCCAGUUCGAGUCGUCCCUGUGGCACAAAAUAGUCAUCGCGCAUGACGGUGAGGACUACAUCACCGUUCAAGCCAACGGGAUCGAGAAGAGCAAGGUGAAGAUCAGUGAAGAGAACUCAACCUUCACCAUCCUCAGUUCGACUAACGUGCUGUGGUCUCUGCACUGCCAUCCUGAACAUGCCACAGGCCUUGAGGGAUGGGGAGGAGGAACUUCGAACACCACGCAGGGCAAGUCGAGCCAAGAGGACCAGAAAGGAGCCGGGGCGCCAGAGGUCGUCGCCUGGGUCCUCGCCGGAAUGGCUCUGUUCCUGGUGAUGAUCAUGGCGCUCUUCAUCUGCACCAAAAUGGGCCCCAAGUCUGAGACGACAGACUACGGGGCAUCUGUCGGGGUGGUCACCAGUUAUGGGAGAGCUAUGACUUACAGGCACACAGACAGGGAGGCAGAAGAAGACACCGAACCAGACUCACCCACAUUCCUGGCACCGGUCAUCCAACACAAAGUCCCAGAAGAAGAAGAUGAGGACCAAAGCAACACCAAAAUGCUGUGAUGAGCAACAAUCAGCAACAUCAAAAGUGGUGGGAGGAACCUUCCCGCGCUGGACAAGUGGUGGAAACUAGACCAGGAUAUUGAAAUGCUUUGCCAUUUGUCAUAAUCCUUCUGUGGAGUUCCAGGAUGUCGUAAGUUUUGGAAGACACAUUCCAGGAUAUGAAAAGUGAAUGAAUAAAUGCUCCAUGACAUGGAGGCUUGGAGGAAACGUAUGAGGACUUGAAAAGUAAAUGGGAAAAUGUUCCAUGACAUCUGAAGUGUUAGAAAAAUGUUCCAGGUUACCAAAAGUAUUAGAAAAAUGUUCCAGAACACCAGAAGUAUUAGAAAAAUGUUCCAAGAAAUAAAAAGCUUUAGAAAAACGUUCUAUGAAGUUAAAAUUGUUAGAAAAGGGUUCCCAGACAUCAAACGUGUCUGAAAAAUGUUAAAAGACAUCAAAAGUGAUAGAAAAGGCUUCUAGAAUAUCAGAGUGGAUCAGAGGACUGUUGCAGAAGAUCCAAAGUGAUGACAUCAUGUAGUAUUAGAAUGCAAAACAGAGUGGAAGGAAAGUUCCCUGGCUUCAAAAGUGGUUGAGAAAAGGUUUCAUGUUUUCAGAAGCAAUGGAGAAAAUGUUUAAGGACUUCAGAAAUGACAGGAAAAGCGUUCCAGGACAUGAAACAUGGGAGCGCACUCUAGGACAGCAAAGGUUGUGGAAGAAAUAUGCUAUAGGUUAUAAGGAAUUGUGGAGAAGUUCUAUGUCAUCAUAAGUGGUUGAAAACUGUUGACAUAGAAUUUUUUU